AUUAUCUAUUUAAUUGACCUGUGUAACUUGUUAGUAAUUUUAAUCAGUAUUCCAUUCUGUCUGUAAAUUUAAUCCUUCCAUUGAGUUAAUUUUAAUUACUUGAGUUCCUAAUCUUACGUAAAUAUCAGUUAUCUAAAAGUGUUUUUAAAAGUAUUUUUACCAUAUAAAUAUGUCUUUACCUAAACUUAAUAAUUUUAUCGCCUAUUUAGCCAACAAUAGUUUAAAACAUAGUGUGCAGUCAAAUUUAAGAUUUCCCCCAUUUUUGAGGUUGUUGUCAUUAAAAUCAAGAAGUUUUUCUACUAACUUAAAUAUGAAUCUUGGCGAGCGAACACUUACAAUCGAUAACAUGAAUCCUAACAUAAAACUUAUGGAAUAUGCCGUUAGAGGACCUUUAUUAAUUAGAGCUACAGAAAUCGAAAAUGAAUUAAAAGAAGGUAAAGAAAAGCCAUUUACAGAAGUACUUAAAGCUAAUAUUGGUGAUUGUCAUGCAAUGGGACAAAAACCUAUCACAUUUAUACGUCAAGUUCUUGUGUUAGUUACUCAACCAGAAUUGUUAGGUUCAAACAUUUAUCCUGAAGAUGUUAAAAAUAGGGCCAAAGCCAUAUUAGAAGGUUGUCGCGGUGGAAGUGUUGGCUCUUAUACUGAUUCUCCAGGAAUAGAAAUUAUACGCAAACAUGUUGCACAGUAUAUAGAACGUAGAGAUGGUAUCCCUUGUGAUUACUUAAAUGUUAUUUUAUGUGCUGGUGCAUCAGAUGGGAUUAAGGCUAUUCUCAGGCUUAUGGUAGCUGAUAUUGAAGGAAAAAAUCCUGGAGUUAUGAUUCCAAUUCCACAGUAUCCAUUAUAUUCUGCUACUUUAGCAGAAUUUAAUAUGGCACAGGUUGGAUAUUAUUUGGAUGAAGAUAAUAAUUGGGGAUUAGACAUAAAGGAAUUAGAACGUUCAAUUAAAGAAGCUAGAGAAUACUGUAAUCCUAGAGCUAUUGUAGUUAUUAAUCCAGGAAAUCCAACUGGUCAAGUUUUAACUAAGGAAAAUGUAAUUGAUGUCAUUAAAUUUGCUUACAAGGAAAAGCUUUUUUUAUUGGCUGAUGAGGUUUACCAAGAUAAUGUUUAUGGUGAAGAUAGCAAGUUCUAUUCAUUUAAAAAAGUACUUACCGAGUUGGGGCCACCUUAUAGUGAAAUGGAAUUGGCAUCGUUCAUGUCAUGUUCAAAAGGUUACAUGGGAGAAUGUGGCCUUAGAGGGGGAUAUACUGAAGUUAUAAAUUUGGAUCCAAAUGUUAAAGCUAUGUUGCACAAAAGUAUAUCGGCAAUGUUAUGUCCUACUGUUUUAGGACAAACUGUUAUGGAUUGUGUAGUGAAUCCCCCACAACCAGGAGAACCAUCUUAUGAAAGCUUUCAAGCUGAAAAAACAAGUGUACUAAAAUCAUUAAAAGAGCGUGCUAAGUUAGUAGCUGACACAUUUAAUAGUAUUCCUGGUAUGUCUUGUAAUCCAGUUCAAGGAGCAAUGUAUGCAUUUCCUCAGAUAAAAUUACCAGAAAAGGCAAUUAAAGAAGCUAAAAAUCAGAGCAUAGAACCAAAUGCAUUUUAUGCAUUUCAACUUUUGGAAAACACUGGAAUUUGUAUCAUUCCUGGAUCUGGUUUUGGUCAAGUUCCUGGAACAUAUCAUUUCAGAAUAUGGGAAUGCUUAAUUACAAUAGAGAAUAAAUAAGAAUGGUAUAAGAUAUAAUUAUUAUAUGUCAAUGCAAUUUUCAUUAAUUAAAAAUUAUUAUUUUUCUGUUCUUAUUUUACUGUAACAUUUUGUUUUAAAACUUAUGUAAGUAAAAUCUACAAUUUAUCCAAAACAAUUUUUUUUAAAUUUUCUUCUACAAGUACAAAUAUUGUUUAAAAAUAUUUGAACUUAGUCUACUUAUGUAUUUAUGAUAUUAAAUACAAUUUAAAAAGUAUUAGAUUUUAUUAAUUAAAUAAACUUGCUAUUUUUUGAUGAUUUUAAUUUAUUAGAAACUGUAACCAAGUAUUCAAAUAAAUAUUUAAUUUAGUUACCAAAAAAAAAUGUUAUGAUGCUUAGUUUACUAAGAGAAGAAAUUUUUGUGAUUUGAUUUUUAUAAUAAUACAUAUUAUUAAAAUAAUAAGUUGUUUUACUUAAUUAACCAUUGCAUGGUGAUAAUGUAUUUAACAAUUUAAGGAACUAAUUUAAAAAGAGCUUACUGCUUAUCCAAUAUGUAAUUGACUAAAUAUAAUAUAUAAUAUAAUAUUAUUUCCUAUAUUAUGAUUUUACUGAUUAUUGUUACCAGGUACUUUUGUCAUAUUUUACUGCUUAAUCUUAGUUAUUAUUAAAUCCAAUUGCGAAAAUAAUUUUUUUAUUUAUUUAUGUUUUUGUUUAAUCUUUUUGUUAUUACUCUCAUAAAAAAACAAAAGUUAAAAAAAUUAUUUUAUUAGAUAUAUUAUUGUAGCAUGUUAUUGUAUUAAUAAAAAAAAUUAUUCAUUUAAAUAAACGACAUAUAAAAAUAAUA